AUGUCGACCAGAGCAGCUUCCAAACGCAAGCUCGGAGAAAUCACAUCCAAAAAAUCCAACAAGUCUACUACAUCAUCCAACAUGACCCUUGUCAUCGACCGAACAGCCGCUGCGGAAGCCUCUGAGAUGGGCGAUUGCCCGGAUAUUGACUUUACUUACCUGUGCAACCACACCUGGAACGAGCAUGUUUACGCUUGCCGCACCAAGGCCAUUGCUCGCUGCCCAACCGUUAUCCCCCGUCCCCUGUUUGCCUGCAUGUUCUGUAGUCCCCCAGGAGCAUCUGAAGUUACCCAAGAGACAAUGCUCAAGGCCAAGACCCUGGGACCCGAAUUCGAGGCUUUUGUCCAGGGCUUGAUCAAACAGCGCAAUGACGCGUUGGUCAAGGUCACGAACGAGAAUGAAGCUUCGAAGGUGAACGAGGAAAUUGAAGAGCUGAAGGCAAAGUUGAAGGAGACCCAGAAGGAGAGCGAAAUGAAGGGUACCGCCUUGGAUGACCUUAAGAAGCAAGUCGAGGCCUUUUACGCUCGCAACGGAGUUCCGGCCAUUCAAACUAUCGCCAAUGCAGCCCAAUCCACCUCUAACGGCACCCAAGGCAGCCCCACCACUUCCAUGAGCAUCUCAUCUGUUCUGAAUAACAUCGUCGUUGUUGAACUCUAUGAGAAAUGCGGCCACAAGAUCGUGAUCUUCGGUUCUGCCCAAGGCGCAACCCUUGAAGGAGACUCAGCAGUUGGUUCCGAAGAAGCUGUCGUCCUCAAGAAGAACCAUUGUGCCAAGUGCCUCAAGUUCAUGACCAGCUCAGAGCGCGAAAAGAUCCGCGAGUGUGCCAAGCGAGUUCAGGAGAACUUCGAUCACAUGUUUGACACCUUUGAUACGAAGUUCCGUGUCGAGACCGAGGAUGUUGCAGAGUCCUCUGGCAAGUCCAAGGCUAUCGUCGGCAAGUUCUUCGCAUCUGCAAUCCAAAAUACGGUUGAGGAGUUGGAUGAUGGCUUUACCGAGCUUGUCGAUUGGUUCUAUGGUGUUCAAGUCUCCGAUAAUAUCACCGCGAUGGAGCUGGCGUUGAGACAGGGCGACGAGGCCGAGUUCCUUCGCAAGUUCAACGAAAUCGAGGAGAACAAGAAGGAACUUCGUAGGGAGUUGAAGAAGACUUCUGUUACUCUCGGAGAGAAGGUAGUCAAGGCUUGUGAGGGCAGUGUCGAGAAGUGGCUGGUGGAGAACCAAGCUGCUGCUGGCCAGGGUGGAGAGGAUACCGAGAUGUUGUAG